CGUACAGCGGUAGUUCGGCCCGCCUCCAGCCUGCCCUGCUCAGUAGCAGCAACCGUCCAUUUCCUCUCUCCCUGUAGCGCUAGCAGACCAGCGUUUCUAACUUAAACAACAUGGCUGACCAACUAACAGAAGAGCAGAUUGCUGAAUUCAAGGAGGCCUUCUCCCUGUUCGAUAAGGACGGAGAUGGUACCAUCACCACAAAGGAGCUGGGUACAGUCAUGAGGUCAUUGGGUCAAAACCCAACUGAGGCUGAACUGCAGGACAUGAUCAAUGAGGUGGAUGCUGAUGGCAACGGGACCAUUGACUUCCCCGAGUUCCUGACAAUGAUGGCGAGGAAGAUGAAGGACACUGACAGUGAGGAGGAGAUCAGAGAGGCAUUCAGGGUCUUUGAUAAGGACGGCAACGGUUACAUUAGCGCAGCAGAGUUGCGCCAUGUGAUGACUAACCUGGGAGAGAAGCUGACAGACGAGGAAGUAGACGAGAUGAUCAGAGAAGCCGACAUCGACGGAGACGGACAGGUCAACUACGAAGAAUUCGUUCAGAUGAUGACCGCCAAAUGAACAGGGCUCACGUUAAAGACAAACAAUCAGUCAAAUGUUUCACUUACCUCUUAUUGCAAAAAUCUACAUAUAUUCAUACUGUUCUGUAUAGACAACUUAAGCUGAAUGUUGGAAAACUGAAAAUCUGUCCAUAUAAACAAGCUCAAAAAAGGUAAAAGACAAAAAGGAAAAAAAACCUAAAUGAAUCUGCAUGUACUGGCUUGUAUUUCCCGCCCCUUCUCCUCCACCCCUCCCCCCCCUCCAGCACUGAGCUGCCCAAUCAGAUCCUCUGUUGCAGCUGGCUGGUUUGGCCACUGCUCCUCUGCUUCCUGGUUCCAUCUGCCUGAUGUCAUGACGAUUAUUUGGGCUGGCCAAUCGCCUUUUUUCUUCUAUGACUUCCUGUUUUUUCUUCUUCUUUUUUUUCCUGUUCUUCAUGCAUGCAGCUUUAGACGGGUUACUGUUGAGAGCCCAGUGGCAGAGGGCUGCUGUCGGGCCUCGGGCGGCCUGGGACCCCACAGGGAGGAGGGAGGGGGUUAGGUGACAGAUGGAUGGGAGCGAGUGAACCAGCAGAACCUUUGCAGUUUGCUUACCUAAAUGAAGUCAGUGACGACAGAGAUAUUUUUAAGAAAAAUAUUAAAAUGGAAUAAAUAAGAACUCAUUUUAGAUUCUGUGUUUCUGGCAUGUCAGGAUAAUCGCUUUAUCCUUUUGUGUGUUUACCUUUUUGUUUUUUGUUUUUUGAGGGUGAAGCCUGGGUGGGGCGUAGAUUUGAGCCCCUCAGGCAGCGGGUGUCUCCUAGACUAUUUGGAGGGGUUGGGUGGGCUUUAAAGGCAAUGAUACACAAGCAAUUUUUGGGGCAAAAUCAAUGCUGUGAGUGUCAGUUUUUGCUGAGUUGAUUUGCAGACAUUGAUGAAGUUCAUACAUCAGUAGUGAACAUUGUCAUUCGUCACUGAAGCACACUCAGCGCAGCAUUUUGCCUCAAACGUUACACACGUAUCAUGACACUCCGGGGGUAUUUCGGUUUAGUGGGGACGGGGUCGGUGCUUUGCGGCAUUUCUAUCUAGUGUUUGUGUGUGAGUUUGCGUGUGUAAGUGCGUGCGCGUGUGUGGGUGCGGCGAGGCCCGGCCCAGUCCAACUGUUCAGUUCAGUUGAUCUGCAUUCCAAGUUGUACAUGCUAGUCUUUACAUUUUGUUUUUCCAAUAAAAUAUCAUGAACUAA